GUUUUCUCUUUGGCUGAGGACCUUCUACGAGCAGCUAAUCAAAACAGUCGCCUGACAAUGGCACGCACGCAGGCGGGUUGGUACCUCCUGGGAGCGUGCAUGGCUCUUGGACCGACCGCGGUGCGCCCGCACCUGCCUCGCCUCAUCCUUCUUUGGCGAAAUGCAUUCCCACGCAGUACCCGUGAACUGGAAGCUGAAAAACAGCGCGGUGAUGCAUUCACUUGGCAGGUGAGGAGAUGA